CGUCACCACCUCCGCCGUCAACCUCCUCCCGACGCCGAUCUUGCCGUCCGUGCGCACCGUCGAUUCCGUCCGCCUCGUCGAGAUGUAUUGUUCCGCGCACUGAUAAGCCGCAACACACCCGCAAAAAUGAUUAGAUACCCGCUACUGCGGUCGCGUCGAGAUCAGGCAAUUCCCGCACACACAUAACACCCGAUCGACUACGCGCGGAUCUCUCCGAGAUUCGCGAUAAAUCGCAUAGCUGGAGUCGGCCGUUUUGCUGCAAAAAAAAAAACGCGAGAAUCGAUGAUCGCGCGAUGUCGGCUUCAAACGUCAACGAUUAUUGGAGGAUCACCGCGCGCUUUACACGGUGCGGUAUAUAUGCGUGAUGUGAACUGUAUAGCGAAAUAGAUGCUGGUGCAAAUGCCGCGCGUGUCUCAAAGCAUCUUCGGAGAUCUAUAAAUACUGGACGCUAGAUGGUUCUGUCGAAUGCGACGGGUGUUGGUAGCGCACUCUGUGCGCACCAACUUCAAGAAGUAUAUAUCACUUGUCGCAGAACGUCGCGGAUCUCGCGAAAUCGCAUUGGUCAGUUGACGGUCCGAUGCGUCAGUUUUGCAAAAAAACCAACACCAUAUAAAGCGUUCACAUGCAUUUUAUAGGGUUUUUCAAUUAACGACAAGAGAGUCAUUCUGUUCUUGUUCGAUGUUCAAUGAGAAACAAAGACAGAAUGAUUCCCUUGUGUCGCUAAUUGGAAUGCAUCAUUAACCGACCAAUCACCAUUAACGUUCAACUAGAGCUACUAGCGCAAUUCAAAGUUGGUGACACUGAAAUUGUGACAAUGAAAUUGAAUUUUCUCCCUGCUUUUCUCUUUCUUCAAAUUGUGAUACAGGCCGCGUUUUCUUGUAAUUGGCAGAAGGAAUGUACAUUGAAAUCGACGAGGAAAUUGAACUGAAGCACUUUGCGGUGGGCGAAUUUUAUGAUGUGGAAACCUGUUUUUGUUGGAAUGAUGAGGACAACAAACUCGUGAUAUUUCCUUACACGCAAGAUCGAUCGAUAUCGCAAGAAGUACGAAUACUGCCUACGCCACUUCCUCUUAAGAAGAUUCACUUCUUCGGUAGCAGAGCCUUCUUUGCGUUCGAACCACGUGGGGUCUACAAGUUGUCUCAAGAUGAUAAGUGGGCUGUCCUAAGCAAGAAUGCACUUGGUUCAGGCGCCGAGUUCUUCCGAGUUCUUGUCGCCAAAGCGGACGGUAUUUACGUCGUCGAUAAAAAUGCCAAAUCUUCCAAUCUGUUGUUCUCGACCACGUCAGACUCGCCUGAACUGAUAUCCACGCUCCCACUAAUCUUGGAGGAUACUGAAGCGCAGUUUGUAAAUUGCUUAAAAGCUGAGUGGGAAACGGAGGACAAUCUGUGUGUGGUUGCACACGACAGAAAAUUGUUUCUUCUCAGAAAUGACACUUUACAAUUGAUUCACACUACUGAUGGAACUAUUGUGAAUAUUCUGCCAGUAAAAAGAAAGAACAAGGUAGCAGGUCUGUUGCUUUUUGUGGAAACAAUCACAGAUGGCUAUCUAAUGUUAGUGCACGGUAAAGAUUAUAAUCUGAUUUUUGAAAAGAUACAUCUGGAGAGAGACAUAAAAAAAAUUGUCACAUUCUGUGCUUGUUUCAGUGCACAAAUAGAGAAUAUUUUGUGGAUUGUAUACUGUGAUAGAUCAAAGACUUAUUAUGUAGAAAAAGAACUGCUUGCUAAUGUGGUUCAAGAGAUAAAAGUAGAAAACAAAGUCUUUGUGUGUCUGCAGCAAUACAAGUUAAAUACUGUUAUAGGUCUGUCACCACAAAAAGAAUUGCUUGAAUUUUCUGUUGAAACUUUGGAGAAUCGUGCAGCCAUGAGCAAUACAAACAUCACUCUUCGCAGCAAUAUGUUCCAGAAAACUGAUCUCAUAGUAAAAAACAUUUAUGAGAGAGUGAAAGAAUUGAAUAUUCUUAAUGAAAGCUUUGCAGAUAAACAAGAUAAAUUGAGACGAAUAAAUUUGUAUGCUUCCAAACAGAAAUUUCAAGUGAUCACUUUUAUGGAAGUAUCCAGGCUGUGCAAUUAUCAUUAUCUUACUUUAAAUAUUCCAGAUAAAAUUCCUAAAAAUAGUUAUGUAGUGUUUUCUUUUGUUUCUAAUGAAAAUCAAAAUACAUUUUGUAUGAAGAAAGUUAUGGAAACAGCAGUUUCUAUAAAAAUUCCCAUCAAUAAGAGUGGGAUAAGUCGUUUCUCAAAUAUCAAAAUAGAUUUGAUUACAUUGAUAGAUGAACAAUAUCCAUGGUGUCUUAUACAAAAUCUUAUAAAUUCUCUGCCACAGGAUAUUAAAAGAAAAAGAGGAUCAAAGAAAGACAAAACUGCCUUUAUAAAUGCUAAAAUAGCAUCAUUGCAAACUCUGAUUACUGAAAAGAAAGAUUUGAACAUAACGAAAUUAAGGGAAAUAAAAAAAAUUAUACGAGCAGAGUUAUAAUUUUGCGAAAGACAUUAAUUCAUAUGACAGUAAUUCUAGAACCAAAAAAGUAGUUUGUUAUGCUGGAAGAAUUAUGAAAGUAUAUUUUAAGAAGCAAGAAGAAACUCAUUUAUAUAGACAUUUGGUACUUAAAAUUUUUUAUCUAUAAUUUAAAAAUACGAUAUUUUUAUAUAUAAACUGCGCUAAAAAUUUUUAUAUUCAU